AUGGACUGUCAUUUUUUCUUAUUUGGUCUUUCUUUUUGGUCUUUUCUCCUUCAUCUUCUCUUUUCUUUCUUUUCUUUUUUUUUUUUUCUUUUCUUUUUCUUUUCUCUUUCUCUUUCUCUUCUUCUCUUUUCUUCUUUUUCUCUUCUUUCUCUCUUUUAUUUUUUCUUCUUUCUUUCUUCUCUUCUUUUUUCUUUUCUCUUUUCUUUAUCUUCUUCUUCUUUUCUCUCUUUCUUUUCUCUUUUUUUCUUCUUUUUUUUCUUUUUCUUUCUUUUCUUCUCUUCUUUCUCUUUUUUCUCUUUCUUUCUCUUCUUCUCUUCUCUUUCUUUUCUCUUCUUUCUUUCUUCUCUUCUUCUUUUAAGUUUUUCUUUUCUUUUCUCUUCUUCUCUUUUCUUUUCUCUUCUUUUUCUCUUUCUCUUCUCUUUUCUCUUCUCUUUUCUCUCUUUUUUUUUCUCUUCUUUUUUUUUUUCUUUUUCUCUUCUCUUUUUCUUUUCUCUUCUUUCUUCUUCUCUUCUUUGGGCUUUCUCUUCUUCUUCUUUCUUUUCUUCUCUUUUUUUUCUCUUCUCUUUCUUCUUCAAAUUCUCUUCUUCUCUUCUCUUCUUCUUUCUUCUUUCUUCUUUUCUUCUUCUCUUCUUUUCUCUUCUCUUUUUUUCCAUCUCUUCUUUCUCUUCUCUUUUUUUCUUCUCUUCUCUUCUUCUUUUCUCUUCUUUCUUCUCUUCUCUUCUUCUCUUUUUUUCUCUCUUCUCUUUCUCUUUCUCUUCUUCUUUCUCUUCUUCUCUUCUCUUCUUUUUUUCUCUUUUCUUUCUCUUCUCUUCUCUUCUUUUCUUCUCUUCUCUUCUCUUUCUCUUUCUUUUCUUUUUCUCUCCUCUUCUCUUCUUCUCUUCCCUUCUCUCUUCUUUUCUUCUCUUCUCUUCUCCUUCUUUUUUUUUUUCUCUUUCUCUUCUUUUCUUCUCCUCUUCUCUUCUUUUUCUUCUUUUCUUUCUUCUUUUUCUCUUUUUUCUUUUUCUUUCCUUCUUUUUAUUUUUUUUUCUUCUUUUCUCUUUUCUUCUCUUUCUCUUCUUUCCUCUUCUUUCUUUUUUCUCUUUUCUUUCUCUUUUUUCUCUUCUUUCUUCCUUCUCUUUUUUUCUUUUCUCUUCUUUUCUUUUCUUCUCUCUAUUCUCUUCUCUUUCUCUUCUCUUCUUUCUUCUCUUCUUUCUUCUCUUUUCUUUUCUCUUCUCUUCUUCUUUCUUCUUCUCUUCUCUUAAAAUUUUUUUUAAAAUCUCUUCUCUUUUUUUUUCUUUUCUUUCUUUUCUUUUCUUUUUCUUUUUCUCUCUUUAUUUCUUUUUUCUUCUUCUUUUCUUUUCUUUCUUCUCUUCUCUCUUCUUUUUCUUUCUCUUCUCUUCUCUUCUCUUCUUCUCUUCUCUUUUUCCUUCUCUUUCUCUUCUAUCUUCUUCUUUCUCUUCUCUCUUCUCUUCUUUCUUCUCUUCUUUCUCUUUCUCUUCUUUUUCUUCUUUUCUUUUUCUCUUCUCUUCUUCUCUUCCCUUCUCUCUUUUUUUUCUUUCUUCUCUUCUCUUCUUUUCUCUUCUCUUAAAUCUUUCCCACUCUUCUUCUCUUCUUUUCUCUCUUCUCUUUUCUCUUCUUUUCUCUCUUCUCUUCUCUUUUCUCUUCUUUUCUCUCUUCUCUUCUCUUCUUCUCUUCUCUUCUCUUCUCUUCUUCUCUUCUCUUCUCUUCUCUUCUCUUCUUCUCUUCUCUUCUUCUCUUCUCUUCUCUUCUCUUCUUCUUUUUUUCUUCUAA